AUGGCCUGCUUGCAAACGGCUACAUCUCUGCCAGAGAAGGUAAUGACAAUGGCUAUUUUGAUGUCAGUGUUUUCCUCCCCUUGUAUGAAGACAGGAUUUGGCCUGAAGCUGGCGGGGGCCUGCAGGCCCGUUUGUAUUGGGAGUGACUGCAUAACGGUGAACCCGGACAGAGCGGAUUUUCGAUCAGCCGAGGAAGCAUGCCGCGACAGCAACGGGGAACUGGUGACAUAUCAGUCCGAGACGGACGAGAGCACACUCAACAUUUUGAGUCAACAAUUGCACGGGAGCUUCUGGAUUGGACUGCAUUUGCCGGGCGUCUCCUGCAGCAACCUUUCGGCUCCGCUGAGAGGCUACCAGUGGACGUCCGACGGUGCGCACAGAAGCUUCGGUCGACACUUCAGCCCCUGGACGGACAGCGUCAAGGUCUGCUCCCCGCGCUGCGUGUCGCUUUCCAAAGGCCACAAGUGGACAGAGAGGACGUGCUCGGACAGAAUAGACGGCUUCCUGUGCAAGACGAAGCGCAGAGAUGCAUGCCAGGCACAGGAAUUGGCACUUCCAUAUUUUUUCAAGAGCUCAGAAGACUGCUCAGUCGGCCCGUGUGAGCAAGAAUGCACGGAUAAAAAGGGAGGUUACGUGUGCUCUUGUUUCGAUGGAUAUGCACCGGACGUCAAUCAACCCGAGCGCUGCAAACUGCACUGUGCACGGCAGAAAUGCCCGGUGGUGUGUGAGGGGAACCCGGAUGGCCCAUGCUUCUGUCCCGAAGGCUUCGUGAAGAGUGGAAAGUACUGCGAGGACAUCGAUGAAUGCCCGGACGGCUGCGAUCAGGAGUGCAAAAACACUUUUGGAGGUUUCGUGUGCUCCUGCCGGAAAGGAUUUGUCCUGAAGCAUCAGGUAAAAUGCACCGAAGAAGAGGGCGGUGAGAACGAGACGACUCCAAUCGUCGUAGGAUUCGUUAAACCGGCCACCAGUAAUCACACAGUGAAGGGCUCCUCGGUUCCCGCCGGCAGUGUUUUCUGGAUGUGGAUUUUGCUCGUGGUGGCCGUGGCAGUGUCUAUAUUCGCGAUACGGUUUUAUGUUGUGAAGCGUCAGAAGCGCAGAGAGCAGAACUCCAGUCAGCAAUCCACUAACAAUAUUUAGUGUUAAACUGGGUCCAGAGCAACAAUGUGCACCGAACUCCACUCCUGAAUCUAGGUGAUGCAUGAAAGUACUUUAAUGACACUAAUGAACAUAAAUACAUGAAAUGAAGGGAGCUUUUUAUGGCAGUUUAUUCACAAGUGGAAGGAAUCGGCCACUCAGUUAUUCAUCUGCAUAAUAAAUGCAGAAAUGAAACCAUUGCAGAGUUCAUUUUGUGGUCUAUGGAGGUGAAGCUGACUAGUUGAUUUGAUAUUCUGCUAUCAAGGUCUAUAGUCGUAAUUCUUCUCAUUUUAUGAGUUGAGCAUGACAUGUUUUAAAAACGGUCUUUUUAAAGUUUUUAUCAUUUGGGUGAACCUUCACAUUUUAAACUAUUGUCCUGUGUUCUCCUCAUGUUUGCAUAUAACUUUGUAAAAUGUGAGUUUUGAGUAUCUGGGAAAUCCUAUUUGUAAAUGGGACACUAGAUGGUGACCUUUUGGUUUAAUUUUGUGUUAACUUAAGUACAAUGACAAGGAGACUGAAUUAAUUUAUAAGAAGUCACAGACCUCACCACCCUUGUGCUUAGAGUGACACCUGCUGUUCUUGGAUAGAAAUGUUUUUUUUUUAAAAACAACAUAUGCUUCUUUCAAGUGAGUUUUUGAUUGUUUGAUUGUGAAAUAAAUGUUCCCCAGUUUAAUUUUACAACACAUCUUUUGGUUGUUGCAGUACACACAUACUCAUACUAUUUUAAAGAGGGAAAUAACUCAACAUAGAAUCAACAUAGGCUGAUGAGCUGCUUCUUGUGUAGUCGGCUUUCGACCAAGUCUUGGGUACCAUACCUCAGGGUUAACUUUAUUUAUUAGAGUUUUAGUUUAAUUGUGCAGCAGUUCCCUACAGCUGCCACUAGAGAAGCUGUUGACACACUAUUUGCUGUUAGCAUUUCUGAAAUAACCAAACCCCAUUGAAAAAUGACUCACAGCGGAGAGACUCCCUGUAGCACCAGAAAUAUUGAGCUCUGAAGCUAAAAACACGUUAAGGCAUAUAAAUAUAAUAUAAAAUGGCCUCCCUGUACUGUAUCCAAGCGGGAAGGGACACUUUGACCAUCUUUGAGCGCUGCCUCUACUCAUAUCUCCCAGAAAAGAGGCAAAGCAGAUUAAACUGCCACUAAAUAGGAAAUGCCAGCAUGUAACCAGUGAGACAACACCGGGGCUCUAAAACAUUAGUGGUAAAAGUUUUCA